UCUCUCUCUACUUCACCCAAAAUUGAUACACACAAAUACGGCGGCGUCGAACCCAAUCGCUCCCUGGCUCUUCUUCUCGUCCGACGAAACCUGCGCUCUCAUGCCACCAUCCCCAAUUCAAUCCUGAACUUCACCAGCAGUUACUGUAAAGUUACCGGAAUGGCAUCGGAAGGCGGGAAGAGCUUUGCGAGGAGAGACCGUCUCCUGGAAAUCGAGGCCAAAGCGCGAGCCUGGUGGGACGACAACCAUGUCUUCAAGGCCGAAGCUCGUGAGAAGCUUCCAGAACCCGGGGAGAAGUUCUUCGGAAACUUCCCCUUCCCUUACAUGAACGGCUUUCUGCAUCUCGGACACGCCUUUUCGCUUUCCAAGUUGGAGUUCGCGGCGGCUUAUCACCGCUUGAGGGGCGCCAAUGUGCUUCUGCCGUUUGCCUUCCACUGCACCGGAAUGCCUAUCAAGGCCUCUGCCGAUAAGCUUGCCAGGGAGAUUCAGCUCUUCGGGGAGCCUCCGGUGUUUCCCGCCGCUCAGGAGAAGCAGGAGGAGGCUCAGGAGGCGGAACCGGAAGCGGAGAAUGCCAAUGGGGGUGCUAAGUACAAGGGGAAGAAGUCCAAGGUUGCGGCAAAGUCCGCCGGACAAGUGUACCAGUGGGAAAUUAUGCGCAGUUUUGGUCUGUCGGACAGUGAGAUAUCCAAAUUCCAGGAUCCUUAUAAGUGGUUGACGUUUUUUCCGCCAUUGGCAGUGGAGGACCUCAAGGCUUUCGGGCUCGGCUGUGACUGGAGACGCUCGUUUAUUACUACAGACAUGAACCCUUUUUUCGAUGCCUUUGUCAAGUGGCAGGUUAGGAAACUUAAAGACAUGGGAAAGAUUGUGAAAGAUGUUCGUUACGCUGUAUACUCUCCAUUAGAUGGGCAGCCGUGUGCAGAUCAUGACCGAGCCAGUGGCGAAGGAGUUCAGCCCCAAGAAUAUACCGUCAUUAAAAUGGAACUGGUGGGACCUUUUCCUUCUAAAUUGGCUGUGUUGGAGGGGAAGAAAGUGUUCCUGGCUGCAGCAACUCUAAGACCUGAGACCAUGUACGGCCAAACAAAUGCAUGGGUAUUGCCUGAUGGGGAGUAUGGAGCCUUUGAAAUCAAUGAAACUGAGGUAUUCAUUCUUACGGAAAGAGCAGCUCUUAACCUUGCCUAUCAAAACUACUCCAGGAUCCCACAGAAACCUACUUGCUUGGUUGAACUUACUGGUCAGGAUUUGAUUGGCCUUCCAUUGAAGUCGCCACUCGCAUUGAAUCAGAUUAUUUAUGCCCUUCCUAUGUUGACUGUUCUAACAGACAAAGGUACUGGGAUUGUGACCAGUGUACCCUCUGAUUCUCCUGAUGAUUAUAUGGCCUUGCAUGAUUUGAAAAAAAAAGAUGCUCUCAGGGAGAAAUAUGGUGUAAAAAAUGAGUGGGUUCUUCCCUUUGAUAUUAUCCCAAUCAUUGAUAUUCCAGAAUAUGGAAAUAAAGCUGCAGAAACGGUCUGCGCGAAACUCAAUAUCAAAAGCCAGAAUGAGAAAGAGAAGCUAGCAGAAGCCAAGAAGGAGACCUACUUGAAAGGAUUCAAUGAAGGAACACUUAUUGUGGGGGAAUUCAGCGGAAGGAAAGUCCAGGAGGUGAAGCCCCUGAUAAGAAGCAUGCUUAUAGAGGCGGGCGAGGCAAUUUCGUACAGUGAGCCUGAGAAGCGGGUAGUAUCACGAUCAGGGGAUGAAUGUGUUGUGGCGCUUACAGAUCAGUGGUAUAUCACAUACGGGGAAACCGAAUGGAAGAAACUGGCUGAGGAGUGCUUGGCCGGUAUGAGUUUGUAUUCUGAUGAAACACGGCAUGGGUUUGAACAUACUUUGGGCUGGUUAAAUCAGUGGGCAUGUUCACGAUCUUUUGGGCUUGGUACUCGUAUUCCCUGGGAUGAAGAAUUCUUAGUCGAGUCAUUGUCUGAUUCAACUAUUUACAUGGCUUAUUACACCAUCGCUCAGUUCCUCCACAAUGGAGAUAUGUAUGGUUCCAGCAAAUCCGCAAUUAAACCUGAACAAAUGACUGAUGAGGUCUGGGAUUAUAUCUUCUGUGAUGGCCCAGAACCUAAAUCAUCUGGCAUCUCAUCAUCAACUCUUCGUAAUAUGAAGCAUGAGUUUGAGUAUUGGUAUCCUUUUGAUCUUCGAGUGUCUGGCAAAGAUCUCAUACAAAAUCAUUUAACCUUCUGCAUCUACAACCAUACAGCUAUUAUGUCCAAGAAGCACUGGCCUCGUGGUUUCAGAUGCAAUGGGCAUAUCAUGCUUAAUGCUGAGAAGAUGUCCAAGUCUACAGGGAAUUUUAGGACACUUCGUCAGGCAAUUGAGGAAUUUUCUGCUGAUGCUACUCGGUUUUCUUUGGCUGAUGCUGGAGACGGUGUUGACGAUGCAAAUUUUGUAUUUGAGACUGCCAAUGCUGCAAUUCUGCGGCUUACUAAAGAGAUCUCAUGGAUGGAAGAAGUUUUGGCUGCAGAAUCUUCCUUGAGACCAGGCCCCCCAACUACUUAUGCUGACAAGGUCUUUGCAAAUGAGAUAAAUAUUGCUGUGAACAGGACUCAGCAGAAUUACAGUGAUUACAUGUUCCGGGACGCCCUGAAGACUGGAUUUUAUGAUCUUCAAACUGCUAGGGAUGAGUACCGCUUUUCGUGUGGUGCUGGGGGAAUGAACCAUGAUUUGGUGUGGAGAUUUAUGGAUGUGCAGACACGUCUAAUUACCCCAAUCUGUCCACACUAUGGAGAAUAUGUCUGGAGGGAACUGUUGAAGAAGGAAGGGUUUGUGGUAAAUGCAGGAUGGCCUGUGGCUGAUGCUCCAGACCUAACCCUCCAGAGUGCCAAUAAGUAUUUGCAGGACUCCAUCAUUUUAAUGAGGAAGCUCCUCCAAAAGCAAGUUUUAGGCUCAAAGAAAGGUAACAAGAAGGGUACCUCAGUUACAUCGGUGACAGAAGACAACAAGCUAAGCGGCUUGAUUUACGUAAAUGAGCACUUUGAUGGGUGGAAGGCAGAGUGCUUGAAAAUACUCCAGAUUAACUUUGACAAAGACAGUCGUACCUUUUCUUCAGACAUGGUGAUACAAGAGGCUCUGCAAAACAGUUCUAUUGGUCAGUCAAAAGAUUUUAAACAAAUCCAAAAGCUUUGUAUGCCUUUCAUGAAGUUUAAGAAGGAUGCGGCAGUUAAACUUGGGCCUCAGGCCUUAGAUUUGAAGCUACCUUUUGGCGAGAUUGAGGUCCUGCAAGAGAACUUGGACUUAAUUAAGAGACAACUUGGUCUUCAAGAUGUAGAAGUAUUGUCUGGUACAGCUCCUGAUGCACUUUCUAAAGCUGGUUCUCUUGUCAAACUAAUACAGCAGAAUCCUCCAACACCAGGAAACCCCACCGCCAUCUUCUUGACCCGGUAA